AUGGAUAACGCAUCAAACUAUUCUGGUUCGGAAUUUAUAACUGUAGAGGAUGAAGAAGAACAGCGCCUCGAAAUUGAAUCCAUUUCUAGUGUUCACUCAAAUCGGAGUAAUGAAACCAGACGAUUUCAGUUGUAUAGUAAAUCAUUCUUUCUAACCUAUCCUCGUUGUGAUAUUGAAACUGGGGUUAUUUUGGAACAUUUAAAGGGUCUUUUUAGUAUGAAUUUAUUGGAUAAAUAUAUCAUUUGUAAAGAAGAACACCAAGACGGUGAGGGUCAUUUACAUGCUUAUAUCGUAUACUCAAGUGUAGUUAAUGUAAACAAUAUCCGUGCUUUCGAUUAUGAGGGAUAUCAUCCUAAUAUUCAAUCCCCUAAAAAUAAGCGAGCUAUUAUAAAAUACAUUAUGAAACAGGGUGACUAUAUAUCUAAUUUAGGUUCGUUAGAGUAUACAUUAGAUGAUGUUGUUGAUGAUAUAAAUAAGGGUGUUCGUGAGUUGAUUAUAGCUACUAAGUAUCCGGUGUUAUAUAUUAGACAUAGCACUGGAAUUAAACAGUUAAGGAAUGUCUUAUCUAAACGAAUUCGUAUAAAUCCAACGGUAGUUCUUCGGUAUGGUGACAGUAGUACUGGGAAGAGUACUGAUUGUUACAACAAUGUUCUACCGGAACAGAGAUACUAUGAGUUAGCUACGGAAGAUAAGGAUGUUUGGUUUGAUACAUAUGACGGAGAGGAAGUAUUAAUUCUUAAUGAUUUUUAUGGUUCUUUAAAAUAUAGUUUUUUUCUUAAAUUAUGUCGUGGUGAGUUAGCUAAACUUCCUGUAAAGAGUUCAUUUUUAUAA